AUGGACGCAUUCGACUUCAGCAACGAGAAAUCAGAGAAAGGAAGCGCCAUGCGUAGAUACAAUCUCUUCACCGGCAUUGCCAAGAAGCUUCGCAUUCUCGAACUAUGCCUCGCUCUCUUCCUCCUUUCAUGGAUCCUCACUCGCCUCCCUUUCGCCCUCCGAGUCUCCGCCGACUACCUCCGGAAAAUCUCCCCCUUCCUCGGGAGCCCUCUUUUCGUCUUCGCCAUCUGCAACGCCAUCAUCGCCGCCCUGAUCGCCCAGUCCGGUCUAUUCACCGCCGCCGGCGACGGCGACAUCAAGGAUUACGGCAGUUCCACAUCCGAAGCUCCGUCGCCCGUGGCAGUGGCAGAGAAGGUGGAGUACCAGGAUAGGCUGACGUGUACGGAUAAUGAUUCAGGCGCCGUGAAAGAUUCUGAUUUAAGAAAAGUUUAUCGCCGGAGUCAAUCGGAGAAGUUGAAGGGAAAUGGAGCGGAUGGGAAUAAGACGGCGGAACGAAAACUCCGGCGAUCGGAGACGGAGAAGGUGAGGGAAAAUUUGUAUCCGCAGGAUAAGCUGAGCAAUGAGGAGUUCAAGCGUACGAUAGAGGCAUUCAUUGCAAAGCAAAUGAGGUCUCUGCGGGAAGAGUCGCUUGCAAUUGUUGUUCACACUUCAGAAACAAACAACAACCAGACUUGA